AUGAUAUCUCAACGAAUUUACACGAAUGACUCUGACACGAUCAUUCUGUCCCUCUAUAUCAUAUUCUUCCUCUAUCACGUACAAAACAAAGGCACCUCGUACAGGUCAUACCAUCCUGCCCUUCCUUGGCAUACAGCGGCAGGUGCCACGGAGGUUGUUCUUUACUACCUUGGCUUCCGCUGCUCGCUCAUGGCCGUGGCUGCAUGCCUCAUUCAUUCUUGGACGGCCCUGAUGCUCGUCAAGAACCUCAGAAACGGCUAUCCGCCUCUAACAAGACCCAUCUACCAAGCUGGUUCGGUCAUGCGUCCCAUCCAGAUCCUGCACGCCUAUUACACCCAAACUCCAACGGCCUACCAUGACGCUGUCAUGCCAAUUCACGCAUUCAUCUACACCCGAGUAAUGUUCUUUUUGAUGGGAACAAUGGGCCCAACCCUCUCAUUUCAGAAGAACGUUAACUCGCCUUUCAUCUACUCGGAAGCCAUACUGGGCGGAGCCCUGAUCGCUGUCAGCCAUUCCAGCAAGCCUGAGGCCAUUGGCAUUUAUCUGAGUAUUGUGCAUGUGCUGGGAAAGAUUGGGCUGUGGACGCGAAGGCAGCGUGAUGCCUGUCGGUAUGAGAAACUUCAAUUCCCCAUUUACCGUGUAUGGCGCUAA